GCGCCAGCAUCCUCUCCCCCGCGCCUGCCGGGACCGCGCGCGCCGCCGGCCCCGCGAGCCCCCGGCAAGAUGCUGCCGGUGCACCCCGAGGUGAAGCCCAACCCGCUGCAGGACGCCAACCUCUGCUCGCGCUUGUUCUUCUGGUGGCUCAACCCCUUGUUUAAAACUGGUCAUAAGCGGAGACUGGAGGAAGAUGACAUGUUUUCAGUGCUCCCUGAAGAUCGCUCAAAGCACCUUGGCGAGGAGCUGCAGGGGUACUGGGAUAAAGAAGUUCUGCGAGCCAAGAAGGAUGCUCGGAAGCCUUCCUUAACAAAGGCCAUCAUCAAGUGUUACUGGAAAUCCUACCUGAUUUUGGGAAUCUUUACAUUAAUUGAGGAGAGCACCAGAGUGGUUCAGCCCAUCUUCUUAGGGAAGAUUAUUGAUUAUUUUGAGAAGUAUGAUCCCGACGACUCUGCGGCUUUGCAUGCAGCUUAUGUCUACGCCGCGGUGCUGUCGGUGUGCACGCUCGUUCUGGCCAUACUGCAUCACUUGUACUUUUACCACGUGCAGUGUGCUGGCAUGAGGCUGCGAGUCGCCAUGUGCCACAUGAUUUACCGGAAGGCAAUGCGCUUAAGUAACUCGGCCAUGGGGAAGACAACCACAGGUCAGAUAGUCAACCUGCUGUCCAACGACGUGAACAAAUUUGACCAGGUGACAAUCUUCUUGCACUUCCUGUGGGCGGGGCCGCUGCAGGCCAUUGAGGUGACCAUCCUUCUCUGGCUGGAAAUAGGAAUCUCCUGUCUGGCGGGCAUGGCCGUUCUGGUCAUUCUUCUGCCUCUGCAGAGCUGUAUCGGAAAGCUGUUCUCGUCACUACGGAGUAAAACUGCGGCUUUCACUGAUGCCAGGAUCAGGACCAUGAAUGAAGUCAUAACGGGCAUGAGGAUAAUAAAGAUGUACGCCUGGGAGAAGUCAUUUGCUGACCUCAUUACCCAUCUGAGAAAGAAGGAAAUUUCCAAGAUCCUGGGCAGCUCCUACCUCAGAGGGAUGAACAUGGCGUCAUUCUUCAUUGCAAACAAAGUCAUCCUGUUUGUGACCUUCACUACCUACGUGCUGCUUGGCAAUGAGAUCACAGCCAGCCGCGUGUUUGUGGCGAUGGCUCUGUAUGGUGCUGUUCGCUUGACAGUCACGCUCUUCUUCCCCUCUGCCAUCGAGAGAGUGUCAGAGACAGUCGUCAGCAUUCGGAGGAUCAAGAAUUUUCUGUCACUUGAUGAACUGCCACAGCGCAGAGCCCAGGAGCCAUCUGACGGGAAAGCCAUAGUGCACGUGCAAGAUUUUACUGCCUUCUGGGACAAGACUUUAGACACUCCGACCUUACAAGGCCUCUCCUUUACUGCCAGACCUGGUGAACUGCUGGCUGUGGUUGGCCCUGUGGGAGCGGGCAAGUCGUCACUGUUGAGCGCGGUGCUGGGCGAGCUGCCUCCUGCCAGUGGGCUGGUCAGCGUGCACGGGAAAAUCGCCUACGUUUCGCAGCAGCCCUGGGUGUUCUCGGGAACUGUGAGGAGCAAUAUUUUAUUUGGGAAGAAGUAUGAGAAGGAACGGUAUGAGAAAGUGAUCAAGGCCUGCGCUUUGAAAAAGGACCUACAGCUUCUGGAGGACGGAGAUCUGACUGUGAUCGGAGACCGGGGAGCCACGCUGAGCGGAGGGCAGAAAGCACGGGUCAACCUGGCGCGGGCAGUGUACCAGGACGCCGACAUCUACCUCCUUGAUGAUCCGCUCAGCGCUGUUGACGCGGAAGUGGGCAAGCACCUGUUCCAAAUGUGUAUCUGUCAGGCCUUGCACGAGAAGAUCACCAUCUUAGUGACCCACCAGCUGCAGUACCUGAAAGCUGCGAGCCACAUCCUGAUAUUGAAAGAUGGUGAAAUGGUACAGAAGGGGACUUACACCGAGUUCCUGAAAUCUGGUGUAGAUUUUGGUUCCCUUUUGAAGAAGGAGAAUGAGGAGGCAGAGCAUUCCCCAGGCCCAGGAACCCCGACUCUCAGGAACCGAACCUUCUCUGAAGCCUCGAUUUGGUCUCAACAGUCGUCCAGACCCUCUUUGAAAGACGGAGCUACUGAGGGCCAAGAUACAGAGCACACACAGGCCAUGCAGCCAGAGGAGAGCCGUUCGGAAGGGAAGGUGGGCUUCAAGGCCUACAAGAACUACUUUGCGGCUGGUGCAUCCUGGUUUUUCGUCGUUUUCCUUAUUCUUCUGAACAUGGCAGCUCAGGUUUUCUUUGUUCUUCAGGACUGGUGGCUUUCUUACUGGGCGAACAAGCAAGGUGCACUGAAUAACACCAACAGUGUGAAUGGGAGUGAAACUGAGACCCUGGAUCUUAACUGGUACUUGGGAAUCUAUGCAGGCUUGACUGCGGUGACAGUCCUUUUUGGGAUAGCAAGAUCCCUGUUGGUGUUCUAUGUUCUUGUGAAUGCUUCCCAAACUUUGCACAACAGGAUGUUUGUGUCAAUCCUGAAAGCUCCAGUCUUGUUCUUCGAUAGAAACCCAAUAGGGAGAAUUUUAAAUCGUUUCUCCAAAGACAUCGGGCACAUGGAUGACUUGCUUCCCCUGACGUUUUUAGACUUCAUCCAGACGUUGCUCCUUGUAAUAAGUGUGAUAGCUGUGGCAGCUGCAGUGAUUCCUUGGAUCAUAAUUCCCUUGGUCCCACUCUCCAUCAUCUUCUUGGUUCUUCGGCGAUAUUUCUUAGAAACUUCAAGGGAUGUCAAGCGCCUGGAGUCUACAACACGGAGCCCGGUGUUCUCCCACUUGUCAUCUUCCCUCCAGGGACUGUGGACCAUCCGGGCUUAUAAAGCUGAAGAGAGGUGUCAGGAGCUCUUUGAUGCAUACCAGGACCUGCAUUCAGAGGCUUGGUUCCUGUUUUUGACGACAUCGAGAUGGUUCGCCUUGCGUCUGGAUGCCAUCUGUGCCAUUUUUGUCAUCGUUGUUGCCUUUGGGUCCCUGAUUCUGGCAAAAACUUUGGAUGCCGGGCAGGUCGGCCUGGCCUUAUCCUACGCCCUCACGCUCAUGGGGAUGUUCCAGUGGUCUGUGAGGCAGAGUGCCGAAGUGGAGAAUAUGAUGAUUUCGGUGGAGCGGGUGAUUGAAUACACGGACCUAGAAAAAGAGGCGCCUUGGGAGUGCAAGAAGCGCCCGCCCCCGGGCUGGCCCCACGAAGGCGUGAUUGUCUUCGACAACGUGAACUUCACCUACAGCUUAGAUGGACCUCUGGUACUGAAGCACCUGACGGCUCUCAUCAAGUCCAGGGAAAAGAUUGGAAUUGUGGGAAGAACCGGAGCUGGAAAAAGUUCCCUCAUUUCAGCCCUUUUCAGAUUGUCAGAACCUGAAGGGAAAAUUUGGAUUGAUAAGAUCUUGACAACUGAAAUUGGACUUCAUGAUUUAAGGAAGAAAAUGUCAAUCAUACCACAGGAACCUGUUCUGUUCACGGGAACCAUGAGGAAAAACCUGGACCCCUUUAAUGAGCACACGGAAGAGGAGCUUUGGAACGCCUUAGAAGAGGUCCAGCUUAAAGAGGCCAUUGAAGAUCUUCCUGGUAAAAUGGACACUGAAUUAGCAGAAUCUGGAUCUAAUUUUAGUGUGGGACAGAGACAGUUAGUGUGCCUUGCGAGGGCGAUUCUGAAGAAAAACCGGAUAUUGAUCAUUGAUGAAGCAACAGCAAAUGUGGAUCCAAGAACUGACGAGCUAAUCCAACAGAAAAUCCGGGAGAAGUUCGCAGAAUGCACAGUGCUCACCAUUGCCCACAGACUGAACACCAUCAUUGACAGUGACAAGAUAAUGGUUUUAGAUUCAGGAAGACUGAAAGAAUAUGAUGAGCCAUAUGUUUUGCUGCAGAAUCCGGAGAGCCUCUUUUACAAGAUGGUUCAGCAGCUGGGGAAGGGCGAAGCCGCGGCCCUCACCGAAACAGCAAAACAGGUGUACUUCAGAAGGAAUUAUCCAGAUAUCACAUUCACCAGCCCUGCCGUGAACACCUCCAAUGGACAGCCCUCAGCCUUAACGAUUUUUGAAACAGCAUUGUGAUCACCAAGACAUAAAGUCUGUCCCAGAGGUGUUUCCCCGAGGAAGCUCCGUAGACUACAGCACACUUGCAAGACGUACAGGAUACUGGUGUCUUUGGAUUUUUCCCUCCAACUUUAUUCAGUGGUUUCAGGUUCUAACGAAGUGGCCUAUCAUUUUCUUUAAAUGUUCCCGCUGCUCUUCACUGGUCCAGUUCGAGGUGCAGGCCACCGACAACAGCAGCUGCCAGGUUUUGUGCCUUAUCAGACUCUAGGGCCAAAGCCCAUUCGUUUUCUAAGCUGUCACGGAGGUUUGCUUCUCCCUGUGGCCUUUCAAAGUACACUCUCCAGUUGUAUCAGGGAUUCUAUUUACUUGAAGACUGUGUGAAGCUGCCAGAUUGUCUCCCUGCUUUCUUUGACAUAGCUGGGACCCGUUACUUCCCCACAAAGGCCUCUGGUUAAAAUAGUACAGGCAAAAUUAACAGGAAUGACAAAGAAACAAAAAAAACCCACAUACAUGUUGAGUAACAUGGCAGGAGAGAGUCUAUCCCGCCACCCACACGUAUACAAGAUACAUGGCUAAGGUGUGGAAGCGUCUGUGUUGGAAAAUAAAAUCAUGCUUUCUCAAAAUGGGAGCCCUGAUUGGUGGUUUGAGGGCACACGAAUGUCCAUCCCCGUGAAAUCCGUGCGAGUCAGGGUGGGCUGCUCUCGCACUGAAGGGCUCAGCACUGUCCCAUUCCCUGGAACGGAGACUCUCAGGCAUCUCGCUAAUCUCAAGUGGCUUCUGGUUUACAGAAGGUAAACCUCCUAUUGGCUGGCAGCCUCUUGUGCAAUCCUUUCAGACUGAUGCGGAAAAGCUCUGCCCCCCUGGGGAAAGCCUGAGGAUGGCACAGUGGUCGGCUGUGACCAGGUGUCACAGCCUCAGGGGACAAGCAGAAGCUUCCCUGUCUAGGACCCAUCCAGAGCAGUCUGACCACUGAUGGCCGGUCUCAGGACCUUCUGACCAGUCAGUCAACAAACCGCAGUGCUUCCCGGGACCUGAUCUGCUUCACAGAGCCACAGGUCUUAAAUUCUUCCCGGUGGUGGUGGCAAAGGUGUACGCUGAGUUCAAGUUACUGAAGGUUUUACUGUCACGACUCAAAGUGGACUCUUUAUGAUCAAUAAACCACCCUCAAGUUACAUAUGUUACUAUGUAGACACACUCAGGUGCACAUGUGUGUUUUUCAACAUUUUGUGUGUGUGUGUGUCAGGUUUUUUACUAGCUAACAGACCAAGCCUGUUUUAUAAAGUGGAACCUCAAAAAGCACACACACAGCAAAACACCCAACACAGGGGAGCAGUGACUGUGUGAGUCUUGGUAUGUAGUUAAUGUACUAAUGUUUAGUCCAGUAAAUGAUGUACAUUUAUUUUUUAUUGGUAGUCAUGGUUAGUGUUUCAGGAGACUGAGAUGCGACGGUGACAGUACGGUCUGUUAGAGUAUGUAGAAACGUCUUAAAUGUAAAUAUGUUUACUUGGUCUUCGGAGAUUAAAGGCAGUCAUAUCAGUGA